CGGACUCAUAAGUUUAUACAAAUUGGCUUACCCUCAUGCGGGAUUUAGUCAAGCUGGAGGCACAAGACCUCCCGGGUGGAUCGGGUGGAAAAAAGACCACCGGCCGCAAACGGUUUCCAGGCAGCAACCGUUUUGCAACACAUGAUCUACUUGAGGAUGACGAGGAGACCUUCGCAGAGGAUCCUUCUCUUGAUGACGAUCAAGAGCAAGGCUGCGAGGCAUCUUGCUCUUCGUCAGCCCAUGAGUCUGAGUAUGUGAAUGAUGAUGAAUCUAUGAAUGCCUUCAAGAAGACUGCCUUCAAAAGUAAGGGAUCGAGGACCACAGUGAAGAACAAUACUAACACCAUUCUCCUUCCCAAGGGAGCGAAGAUUCCACCCAAACUGGAAGAUCCUGCCACCAAACCAUGGGUAGAUCUCCGGAUCAGUGAAAGUGGGUGCAAGGUCUUCAGCAAGAUCGAUCUCAAGUCUGGCCACCACCAGAUUGAAGUCGACCCUGCAGACCAGCACAAAACUGCAUUCAAAACUCGCGACGGGUUGCACAAAUUUACCGUCAUGCGCUUCGGUCUCAUGAAUGCACCGGCCACCUUUCAAAGUCUCAUGAACAAGGUGUUCCGCAACCAGAUCAAUCGCUUUGUUGUUGUUUAUCUGGAUGAUAUACUAAUCUUCAGCAAAUCGAUGGAGGAGCACAUGAGACAUCUUGAGGAAGUGUUACAGAUCCUCAAGGAUGCACAACUCCAUCUCAACUUGGAGAAAUCUGAGUUUGGGAGGGACAGCGUCAUCUACCUUGAACAUCGGUUGUCUGCAGCAGGCCUAGAGCCCGAGGCAACCAAAGUUGAGGUCAUCCGCAGGCCUCAACCGGACAAUGUCCGCGAGUUGCGUUCUUUUCUUGGUCUUGCGUCAUACUACCGUAAGUUUGUACCCAAAUUCUCUAUCAUCGCCCAUCCGCUGUCUAAGUUGACAAGUAAGAAUGUGUCUUACACAUGGGAUGGGGAACGCACAACACCCUUCCAAGCAUUGAAAGAGGCUAUGUAUGGGCCCCCGAAAACUUUCGUGAGUGACCCGGACACUAGAUUCAUAAGUGAAGAUUGGAAGGACUUCACCUCCCAGAUCUAUGACAUCAAACUCAAGAUGACAUCUGGUCGAUAUCCUGAAGCCAAUGGUUUGGCCGAGGAGAUCAACCAGACUGUGAUCCAACUUCUCCGAGCUCUAAUUGUGCCUGAUCAGAACUCUUGGGAUGCGGAGUUGCCGAUUGUGCAGGGGUUGUACAACAACUCCAUACACUCCUCCACCGGGAUGACACCUAACCGGUUGCACCUGGGGUGGAGAACUCGGAAUCCUCUAUUCUAUCUGUUUCCUGAACAGCCACCUGGCCUGACACCUAGCCAGCCAGGCUACAGCGCUAAGUUUGAUCGUUUGCUCAAAGUUGUUGUCGCAACUAUGGAAAGGCGACGUAGUGCCAUGAUUAAGCAUGCAAACAAAAAGCGCCAGCCUGACCCUUUCACAGUGGGAAGUUAUGUUUGGGUUAAGAUGUCUGAGUUUUCUGAAGAAGAAGGUGUAUCACGAAAGCUUCUUCCUCAGUACUGCGGUCCGUGGAAGGUGCUGAACCGAGUAGCGAAUGAUUCAUUUGGUCCUUCUUACACGAUCGACGUGCCUCCUCAUCUGCUCACGUACCAAGUCUUUCAUGCAUCGAAGUUGUUUCCGUAUGAAUCGCCCGAAACUUUUCCAUAUCGAGAAUCAAUGAUUCCUCGUGCAAUCAAGGGCGGUCAUGAGAUUGACAGAAUUCUCGAGCACAGUGGGAAGAGGAGAAAAAGAUAAUACAAAGUCCACUUCCUAUAUCAUCCAUUGAAUGACUUUUAUUGGAUUGCUAAGAAAGAUUUGCUGCAGAGUGCCCUGCGAGUCGUCAACGCAUACGAACGAUUGAGUAGUUCCGAACAGCUGCCUAAAUUCACUGCUACCCUCACUCCUACGGAACAUACCCGAUCUCUCUUUGCUAUUUAUGCUUAUGAUGCAUUAUGUAAGGACUCUGAUUGAGUUACUCGCUCGAAGGGACCUCGCUCUUGAGGGGGGGGUAGUGUAAUGACCCGCCAUAACAAAGACUGAGAACACUG